AUGGCCGGUGGCGGGAGGCGAUUGGCGCCGGGCGGCGGCUGGUGUCGGGUGGUGGCGCACGGCGGCCAAUGGCGAAGCACGGCGGCUGGCGGCGGUUGCCGGGGGCGGAGGAUGGACGGAGGCGGAUGGCAUUGGGUGGUGGAGCACGGUGGGAGGCAGCCGGCGGCGGAGGGCGGUUGGCGCUGGAGGACAUCGGUCAGUGGUGGCAGCUGGCGGCGGGAGGCGGCCGGCGGUGGAGGGCGAUCGGCGCCUGGUGGUGGAGCACAGCGGCCGGCGGCGAAGGAAGGCGGUCGGUGGUGGGCAGCCGGCGGCGGAGGACGGCGGCCGGUGGCCGCGGCGAAGGACGGUAGUCGGCGGCAAGAGGCGGCGGGAGCCAGCUGGCAGGUGGCGGCGAAGGACGGCGAGAGGCAACGGUGGGCAGGUUGUGGCCGACGUUGGGCGGUGGCGAACGACGGAGGAUGA